AUGGCAAAGAAAAACAAGAACAAGGGUAUUGCGUCCAAGCUUUGGGAAGAAUACUACAACGAGGACGAACUUGGACAUUGGCAGAGACUCUUGUCUGUUCUGGGCAUUGAUGGGCACUUUUCCAGCAAGACGCAGUGCAAGAAGGCCCUUCGCGGCGUCUGGGUGAACAUACGCGACUUUUUGCAGGCCGCCGCGGCCGAUAAAACGGUUCCUCGACACCGAAACCGCCGCGCCCUCGCAUACUACACGGAGACAACCGGUCGGUACUUCGCGCGGAGCAGAAUUGUGUCUGGAAGCCCAUUGGCAGCGUUGAUGGCCACAAUCGAUUAA